AUGGCCUUGAUCACUCAACGUCGUACCACGUCCGCCGAAUCCCCCAGCAUGGACUGGCUCGAUGCCCUCAUAUCUACUGUUGGGGUUGUCUCGACCCUAACAGAGGCACCGUUACCAUGGGUCUCUGCAGCUACCGAGGUCGUACUAACGCUUCUCAAGAGGAUAAAAAGCUCAUUACAGAAUGCAGAGGACUUGAAAGACUUAGCGUGCUCGAUCGUCGACUUCGUCGUUCUCUUCCGAGAUUCCACUAUUCAACAUACAGGCGUUUCAUCGGACUCUAGCCGUGAGAAUCCCUUCAAGCAGACCUGUAUCGAGUUCACAAACACACUCACAACUAUCUUGAACGAACUUAACACGAUGAAGAAUCGAGACAAGAACUGGUUGAAGAAGUACCUGAAGGCCGAAUCUAUCGGAAGAAAGAUCGCCAGACACAAGGACUCUUUGAGACAUAUCCAAGAUCAACUUACCACCCGUGCUGCUGUGGAAACAGGUUUUUAUCUGCCCCUCAUCAAAGACGACCUCUCGUCCCAUCGCGUCGAGUUUCGGGAGCACUUCCAAGAGCUGAAGUCCCACAUUGUGGGCGAUUAUUACAGGGGCCAGUUCAGGAUACUAAAACGAGGAGAUCUGCAUCUGAUACAACAGCAUGCCGUGAACCGCGAAUAUGUUGUAGAGAUACAAACUACGGGAUUAGUAUCCACGCAGAAGUUGACGAAGAGACAGCGCCGUCACAGAAGGUUUUAUGGAGACUUUCACGUCAAUUUAAAGGAAUCCGUCGAGUGUAUUGUUUCGGUGGCCAAUGUUUUCGAAGGGCGAGACAAAAGAGUUGUCCGUCAGUACCGAGGCCCAGAAUCUGCAGCUGCUCACGAGACGCAGAGGUUUGAACAGGAUCUUGACUUCUACGAGAAGACUAUGCAUCCAAAUAUCGCACAAGUAUUCGCGGUUCUACCUGACGUCCAUUCAAUCGUCUUCCAUGACGACACAACAGUUCACCUCCAGGAUUAUCUGAAGAAUAUACCUUCAUCCGUUGAUAGAUUCAUCACUGAAUUCCGGAUUAGUUUGGAAGAAUAUUUCAAGACAAAACCGUAUUCUGUCGUAAAUACAUAUCAUUAUCUUGUCGAACGCUAUGAUUGCUUGGGGUUCCAUAGUGGACAGGUAUCCUUAGCUUUCGGAGGAAGCGGUAUAUCCAGAGUCGUUGAUGCUUCAUACCGCAAAUUUAUUGUCGGAGGACUCCACCGCUAUCCUCUUGACCGCAUCCCGAUUAUCGAAAACUCCGAUCUCUUCAACAAGAAGAUGUCAACUCAUGUGCGCCCACUGUCACUACUUCCCAUGCUUUAUGCUGCCAUAGAGGUAGUUAAAGAUUUGGCGUGGGAACGCUCUCACUAUAUUCAUCUCGGGGCCAAACCGUAUGAGACUCCAUUGCCCGGCUGGGGAUGUAUUUAUACAGCCAUACCAAACGGAGUCAAGAAGAUAGCACAACUUCCUCUGUGCCAUGGGCCAGAUAUCAAUUCUCGACAAAGAAUCCGGUUUAGAUGGUAUGGUGGACGGAUGACUCGAAUCAGAGGUUGGACACGGUGUGAGGUUUUAUCUCCAAAAGAGUUUUCCCUGAUCGCUCAUCCAGUCCGAGAGCCGAAAACACGAGCCGACAUAAUCCUUUCACAGAUCCAUCGUCUGGCAUUGCUCACUGGUGCCCAUGAAGACGACCUUCAAUACGCGGAUCACAUUUCCUUUAGCCUCCAAUAUAGACGAAAGCGACCUCGAUCGGAUACAACCAGAUUGGUCGGACUCGCUGGAACAUUCAUGUCAGAAAAUCAUGAUCCUAUGGACGGAAGAACGAAGGAGAGAGCCUACGUAUUCAUAAGAGACGUGGAGAUUAAUAUAUACGACGAUACUUCCCUGCUUACCACCCCGGAACUUUACUGGGCAUCGGAUCCGGAAGGAGUAGUACGUUGGACAGAAGAAGAGCUAACCGAAUAUCUGGCUGCUUGGGAUCUACAAACGAGCGACUUGAUACUGAAGGCGUGGUACCGUUCAUAUUGCUGGGAUAAGGAAGAUCUCGAUGCCCUUCGCGAGGCCCAUCAAUUGUGUGGACUUGAUCCCGACAGCGAUGAGAUAGCCAAAGCACUGGGCCAUCCCAUUCUCGAGGUGAAGCCCACAUUUAUUCCCGAGGAUAUCCUGGCGCCACGUCCUGAUUCAGAAGAAAACGAAGACGUGUAUCGCAAAAACUCAGGUUCUAAUGUCGAGACCCGACCCGGGACGCAGAAUCUUCAGUCGAGUAUCGUCGAGGUGGAUGAUACAGAAAUCAUUCCAGUGCCCAUGAAUCGAAUAGCUUCCGGAAACUCAUCCUCGCAGUCUCCUUGCGCUUCGGAUAAUACUUCGGGCGCUAUGAUGCCAGAGGAUCAAUGUACGGUCCUCGAAAAUGCUCGAGAGCCGGUCGAGAGCAAGCAAGGGGCUGACAGUUCUAAUCAUCCAAUUGCUGAGGUGCUCGAAGCUAAUCGUUACUAUAAAGAGGUUUGCGAGCAAAAUACCGCAACUUCAAAUAAGGCAUCUACGGCACAGGAUCGUUUAGAAUCGUGCCCUCCGAGUGACGAUGUAAUUCUCGAUGAUCCUGAGGUUACGCAAUCCGAGAUCGGCCCGUUGGAAUCGUCGUCGCCAUCUGUAUCGUCUACUGAGGAAUGUCCUCCGCCCGUCGCGUCUAUGGAAGAAGUCUCCGCCUCCAAGACGUACGGCGCGACGGAGCAGAUCUGCCAAUCUGAGAUACAAGCAUCAGCGUGCAGGAAGCUGCUCAAAAAGUUAUUCUUGAUCUUCUCGCCUAUCUUCAUUCUUGGCGUCCUUAUUGGUAUUAUCUUCACUUUGGCAUACCACUCGCCGUACCUCGUCAUUCCGAAGAUCAGUGUCCAUGUCGAAUUUUAA